AUGGAUCCCGGAGCUGGAGAGUCUCCGCUGAGGAUAGGAUCAACCCGGCGCGCGCGUGGAAGUAACCCUGAUCCGGAUUUCGACCGUGGUCCUAUUUCGAAUAAUGAGAAGAAUCUAAGACUGUUUAAUGCCCGGAUCAGUGGCCGCAGUAGGGGGUUUGUUGGUUCUGGCAGUGCCACCAGUUCAGGUGCUGGCGGGCUCGAAUCGUCGCCAAAUCCGACGACGUACGGAGUGGCUGGCAGCAUAGCUGGCGAUGGGUCCCCGUAUCAUAAGGAUCGUGUGGGAACAGAGUCUGAUUCGCGACAGUAUCAGGACCAGAAUCAGCAGAAUCAGCAGAAUAAUCAGCAACAUCAACAGCAUCACAUGCAAAUGCUUCAUCAACAGCAGGCCCAGUUACAGCAGCAGCAACAGCAGCAACAACAGUAUCAGCAGCAGCAUCAGCAGCAACACCAGCUGCUUCUCCAACAGCAACAACAACAGCAACAGCAACAACAGCAGCAAGGACAAGGACAAGGACAGGGACAGCAGUCGCAACAACAACAAAAGUCUGGUGGUGCUGGAACUGAACCUGCUCGUACUAACACAGCUGGAGGAGGUGGCAUGGAAAAUGCUGCUGUUGGUUCAGGAGCUGGUAGUUCUACUAGAGAAACCAGUUCACGAGGUGGUCAGCAGCAGAAUAUGCCUCCUCAACAACAGCAUUACCACCAGUCUCAGCCCCCAUCUUCCUCUUCUCGACACCAUGUACAGACUGCGUAUGAGCUGGGAGUCAAUCUUCCUACUGUGGAGAAGCUGAUUGGUGAAAUCCAGUCGGCAUAUUUCGAUAUCUCGCGAUUAGAAGUCAAGUGUCUGAUGCUCAGCAAACAGAUUGAAGACAAUCAGCAUAUUAUUCAACAGUCGAAUUUAACAGGGUCUAAUGGCAAUUACGGUGAUAACCCGACUUCAUCAAGACUUCGAAACCUCGGCAUCGACCUGUCGAACCCCUCGUCAACCGGUUCCUUUGACUCGUCUAAAAUCCCGCCCGAAUAUUGGGCCGAAUCGUACUUUCUCGAAUUAUACCAGAAUCAGGCCAAUUUGAUUGACAAGUAUUUUGAUUUCAUGUUCCUUGCAUAUCAUCCCUGUGGAAAUAGUGUUACGAGAGGCCUGGUGAAAAAGUACAAGAUUCCGAUUCGCAUGUGGAAUAAGGGCAUUUUCAAGUUUCUCGACAUUCUGCGUGCUCAUAUGCCGAAAUCCCAGGAUCUUAUUACCAAAUUUAUCUACCACUGUUUCUCGCUGCUGACAAUGUUGGUGGAUCCUCCUUAUGAGUCUCGGUAUAUGUGGUUAGAAGCAUUGGGCGACUUGGCUCGUUUUUCCAUGGCUUUGGGAAAUAUAUCUCAUGGCGAAUGGAGAGGCGUGUCUCAGUACUGGUAUAGUCGAGCUGCUAAUCGGUCGCCAGGUGUGGGUCGACUGUUUCACCAUUGUGCAGUUGUAUGUAUAUACCGACUGGACUCGCUGUUUUACUUUUGUAAAAGUCUCACCACAACACAACAAUUCGAACCCUCACGAGAAACUAUUUUGUCAUUAUUUGAAUCCAACCAAGAAGGAGAGGCUAAUACACCUAUUGCCCUAUUUAUAAAAUUGCAUCAAGUAAACUUCACCCAAACAAACAUCUCGGACUUUCCUAAAAUCCUGUCGGAUGUCACUUCAUCAAUAAUGGCCCGUGACCGCGAUUAUAACGACCUCGAUCUCAAAAACAGAGGCGCCAUUUUAGCAUAUUGUAACAUCACUUCGCUGCUUGGUUAUGGGUCGUUAAAGAACCCUGCCUCGGCUUUUUUCUACGAGCUUGCUAAGGAACGAAGCGGUGCUGGAGCUGCUCUUGGUGCUGCCAGUUCCACUACUAACACUGCCAACACUGCCAACACCGCCAACACCACCAACACCACUGGUAAUACCACUGGUUCCACUACCGGGUCCACUACCGGCUCAAAUGCCAGUGGUAAUAACGGGUCUGGCAAUAAUAACACCGCUGGCAGCGGUAACCACAGCACCAGCGCCAAUUCGAGCUCGAACCCCACAACAUCCAGUGUAACUGCAUCUGCCGGGUCUCUUUUCAUGGCUCAACAAAUCUCUUUUGAGAUGUUGAAACAGUUUUUGACUCUUCCGAGACACAUUGCACUCCUUCACGUCAUUGUAUGGCUCCAUUUCUUCAAUGCUCUUACUGACAAUCCAGACGUGUGUCACCAUCUACUGCUCAGCGACUUUUUCCCUGCCAGCAAACUGGUAAGAUUCCUCAAUGAAGGACUCAAAACAGUCGACCUGAUUCUGAAAGACACAAACACCUCGAAACAACACUGGACCAGUACCACUAGCAAUUCCACCAGCAAUACUGCUUCUGGCAAUGCUACUAAUAAAUCCAACAGUGUCGGCAGUUUCCACAGUAUACACGGGUCAGCAGCAUCAGGCUCUGUCUCCGGAUCAGGGGCUGCUCCCCCUGUUGGUACUAGUAGUGGUACUUCGGGAUCUAACAAGUCUGACAAUACAUUUUCACCACCCGGAUCUCCUUCGUUACAAUGUCAACAAUGUACUGAAAGCGAAUCGUUAAUUGACCGUAUUGCCAGCUGGAAAAAGAGUUACAACAGCAGAAGUCCUGCUGCCGAAGACAGUAUUGAACUUAUCAGUUCGAAACUGCCGAACCCGGAAGAACGAGGUCAUUUCCCCAUGCUACGAGAACGACCAUUGCCUGAAGAACUGUUGUUACUUGGAUUCGUCUGGUCAUACAAAACAGCCAAAACCGAGCUAUAUAACGAAUACGAAUCCAGCACCACUGACGAGCCGUUCCCUGGACCUCCUGGCAAAGAAGUACUUCGACCCAUUCGUGAAGUGCGUGCCAUUGAACUGGCUCUGUCACUCGCAGAUAGCAACUCUUGGCUCGCGUAUCACAACGGCUACUUCGAGCUACAAGGACCCCUCCGAGUCCACAGUGAAGACCACAUGUCCGACAGCGAGUAUGUCCCCAGUCCCAUGACCACUGCCAACACCGGCGUGCUAGACUAA